UUUAUAAAACUCGAACGGAAAACGAUUUUUAUAAAACUUCGUCAAAAUUAUAAAGAAAAAUAAAGUGCGACGACAGUGACAAUAAAGACGAGAAAUUAAAAAGAAAGAGAAUUAUAAUUUAAAAAGUUCUUUUCAUAAUCAAGAAGAAUAUCAUCAGAAGUAUUUGAUCUAUUUUUUUAAAAGAUCGUCAAAAGUGAGAAACUUAUUUCGGGAAUAAGAAAAUGUUCGAGGAUCAUCAGGCUAUCAUUGUGAAGAACGUGACGAAAAUUUAUGGGAAAAAGUUAAAGGUUCUUGACGGAUUGAACCUAUCAGUCUCGAAAGGUUCCAUAUAUGGAUUAUUGGGUGCCAGUGGAUGCGGAAAGACAACUCUUUUAUCGUGCAUCGUCGGUAUAUGUAAGAUAAACAGCGGUGAUAUUUGGGUACUCGGAGGUAAACCCGGUAAUGAAAAUUCAGGUAUUCCGGGAUCAAGAGUCGGCUUUAUGCCGCAGAACAUUUCCCUUGUAAACGAGUUCUCUACAAUAGGUGCGUUUUAUUAUUUCGGAAGGAUCAAUGGACUGAGAGACGAUGAAAUAGAGGAACGAUACGUAGAUCUAGCCGAACUCCUGCAAUUACCGUCGAAACAUCAAUUGAUAAAGAAUUUGAGCGGUGGCCAACAAAGGAGAAUAUCCUUUGCCGCUGCACUACUUCACAGACCUGAGUUAUUGAUCCUUGACGAACCUACCGUCGGUCUUGAUUCGAUUUUAAGAUAUAACAUUUGGAAUUUCUUAACUAAGAUCACGCAGGAGAACGGUGUUACCAUCGUCAUAACAACGCAUUAUAUCGACGAAGCGAGACAAGCAAACAAGAUCGGGCUCUUGAGAUCCGGCAAAUUAUUGGCGGAAACCACGCCGAAUCAAUUGAUGGAUCGUUUUCAAUGUGAUAAUUUGGAGGAUGCCUUUCUAGAACUGAGCAGACGUCAACAAGAUAAUAUUAAUAGAAAUGUAAAUGAUAAUUCUGAGAUGUUAGAUGAAACGGAAUUUGUGGAAGGUUCAAUCAAUCUUUCUACAAAAUCAAUGAAUGCCUCUACAAAAUCAACUACAAAUUCAUCUGUGACGUUUCGAAGAUUGAAGGCUCUUAUAAUCAAAAAUAUUACACAAUUUCUACGAAAUCCCGGAGGAAUUUUAUUUUCUAUAGGAUUUCCCAUAAUCCAACUCCUUGUAUUUCAUUAUUCUUUCGGUCAUGAUCCUAAAGAUUUGUUAAUUGGUGUGAUUAAUCGUGAAUCCAAUAACUGUGACUUCGGUAAAAAUCAAGGAAAUAUUAUUUAUACGCAAAACGAUAUAUGCGACUUCUUUGAUCUUAGUUGUCGAUUUUUAAACGAUAUAAAUGAUACCACUGCAAAAAAGAUAUUUUAUAAUUAUCUACCGGAAAUGAAGGAUGAUUUAAGAAAAGGAAAACUUUCUGGAAUUAUAUAUUUUGAUACAAAUUUUACGCAGGCUUUGCAAAAGAGAUUGAUGAAUUCGAGAUAUGUCGAAGAUAGGGACAUCGAAAUUGGAGAGAUUAAAAUUUGGUUGGACAUGUCCAAUAGACAAAUAGGCCUUUUCUUGAAAAAUAAACUUUACGAAACAUAUUUCGAGAGCAUGCGAAAUAUUAUGACGGAAUGUCAUUUGCCUUCGAAAAUUGCAAAUAUACCGUUAAGUUUUGAGAAACCUAUUUUUGGGAAAAAGAACGACGACUAUAUCAAUUUCAGUGCGCCUGUUUUUAUCUUAUCAUUAACUUUUUUCGUAACAACAGUAAUGACAACCACGAUAUUAAUCUCCGACAGGCACGAAGGCAUUUGGGAAAGAAGUCUCGUCCAAGGGGUGACAACAUCAGAAAUACUGUUCUCCCAUUUCGUGGUAGAAUUGUUGAUUGUCAUCAUGCAGGUCAUAUUAAUCUGUUGUAUAAGCUUUGUUUAUUUUAAUUUAGAUUGUAAGGGCUCCUUAGUGACCGUCGUCACGAUGGUAUUUUUCAUGGGUGUAUGUGGAUUAUUUUACGGUUUUUUGAUUUCGGUAUUCUGCAAUUCGCAUUUAAUUGCGGAUUAUAUCGUCACUGGAAGUUUCUAUCCUAUAAUACUUCUUAGUGGAUUUCUCUGGCCGAUCGAAGGAAUACCAUCUAUAAUUAAAUGGUUAAGUUACUGUUUGCCAACAACGAUACCAGGUAUUUCACUAAGGGCGAUCUUAAAUAAAGGCCAUUCCGUCAAUAAUCCGGAGGUUUACAAAGGUUUCUUCGUGAUAGGUGGGUGGACGGUCAUAAUGAUCCUCCUUUGUCUCUACGGUCUCAAAAGGAAAUCAUAGGAAAGAAAAGAAAGAAAAGGAAAAAAAAGAAAAAAAACAUAUAUAUAUAUAUAUAUAUA